AUGUGCGCGCGUCGAUCGUCGCAAACGAACGGUUUUACACGCGUGCAGCGACAGCUGGGACGACAUCAAAGUCGACGCACGAACCGCCGCGCUGGACGCCGUGACGCGCGGUCGACGCCGAACGAGACGCCGGAGGAGGACCCGAUAGGAUACCGAGGUCGUGAGGUGGCGAUCGUGGGGAUAGGCACCAGGGGAUGCGCUUUAGUGGAUGCUUUGUGCGAAUCCAGGGCGUUGCCAGAGAGCGCGUCUUGGGCGCUGAGCGCGGACGUCGGGUCGCUCGAGCGAAGCGCGGCCGCGAAUCGAUGGCGUCUGCCGCCGCAGACGGUGGAAGUGAGUGGGAAGGUGGUGGAGGAUAACGCGGCGAGCGCGGCGGCGGCUGUGAUGUCGGGAGAGGGGACGUUGAGCGGGACGCCGCCGCGGACGGUGGUGGUGCUGUGCGCGGGCGGCGAAGCCUUGGAGAGCGGUGAGGCUUUCGUGCGAGAGAUUUCGAGGGUAAAGGCGUCCACAGCGAAGCGUGGGUUUUUCGGGUUCAAGGGCGCUUCGAGAGCGCCGGAGGGUGGGAUGAUGCUCGCGGGCGUCAUUGAGCCGUUUUCGUUUGAGGGACGAAGGAAGAAGACGUCGUGCGAGGAGUUCGUGCGAUGCGCCUCAGGCGCGGGGGCGUGCGACGUUGUGCUCACGGUGUCCCAGAGCGAGCUGCUGAAGAACGGGGAGGAGAACAUGUCGGUGCAGGACGCGACAUCUGUCGCGGAUGCGUCAUUGUUGUUUUCUGUUUUGAGCUCGCUCGAUGCGCUGCGAGGAAACUGUUGGAAUUCCAACUUUGUUGCGAACGCGAGCGACGUUGAGGCCUGGGUCCCGCAGACGAAGAAGAAUGAAUUGCGUGCGUUUGUGAACAGAGUCAUGUCGUCGCGCGGUGGUGGAUGUGGGGUCUCCCACGCUGGCCGAGGCGUCGCGCAGGUUCCAACGUACGGAUCGAUCGAUGAAGCAUGCGCGAGCGCGGCUCGGAAAGCCAUUCUCACUGCGGCGCGUGAGAGCCCAUUUUUAGCGCCCGGUCGUUUCGACACCGCCCACUUGGUCGUAUGUAUGCUAAAACACGGGGUCUCGCUCGGCCCCAUCGCGCGGGCGGCGGUGUCGCAAGUGCUGAGCGAACUUGCGCCUGAAGCGGAGCAAUUCAUCACCGUCGCGGAUCCAGAUAAAAAGGGGACGACGGAGGUGGAGGUGAGUCUCCUGACCGUCACGGACGCUGCAACGGCGGCUAAUGCGGCGCCGGAGUCCACGAACGUGUCGACCGUGCUCGACGAACAGCGAGCGAAGGCGAACGCGAUGCCCUUCAUCCCCAGAUACGACGCAGAGAACUCCGAGCCCGAAAUACAGCGUCGUAAGACAACGAAGCUGAGUCGAGAAGACUUGAAAACGUUCGGUUUCGGGGACACGAAGGAGAUGGUGACGCAGUUAGAGGCUAGUCGCGCCGGAAUCUCGAUCGAGUCAGAACCAGUUGCGGAGAAAUCAAAGAGCGAAGAGCCAGUCGUGUACACGUCGGCGGAACUCUUAGGGGAGAUGUCUAGCGCGCAAACGGUGACCGACAAAAUUACAUACCAAGAGGUCGAGAUCGCGACGAACGCGCCGCCGAAGGUGACGCUCCCGGCGCUUCCGCGAGAUUUUGCCGUCAACGGUGUCGCCGUGCGCAUUAGCGAGCCUCAAAGGGAUAACGCCGGGAACGUCAUCGGUUAUAAAACGCUUGAGGCUAAAGAAUCAGACUCAACGAAGCAAUCGAAGAAGCUUAGCCGUGUACGCUCGCUCUUUGGGUGGAGGCCCGCGAAGAAGGAGGAAGAGAAGUCUAAUCUGUCAAAACGCGCGCUCGGCAUGCUGGAGAAGGACCGCGUUGGAUCCGACCGCUCCGUCGUCCGAGUGGAGUUCGCGUCGCUUGCGGUGUACGAGGGCGAGUGGGUGAAUGGCAAACGUGAGGGAGACGGGCGCCAAGUCUUCGCGAACGGUGACUGGUACGACGGUAAGUGGUUUGGCGACUUACCCAACGGCAAGGGACGUCUAUCCUUCAAGACGGGCGACGUCGCGUACUUCGAUGGCACGUUCAACGCGGGCGAGGUCGACGGUGACGGAACACUCGUGAAACACUCAGGCGAGGAAAUCACCGGUAUCUGGCGCGAUGGCGCGCUGGUUUCGGACGAAUGUGAUCUUCCGCGCUAG